UAGGUGGCGGUAAUGCACCUUUUAGAUGAGUUGCCAACCGCCAUUAAACCUGACAGAAGAAGAAGUUCGACGCACAAAUGUGUAAGAAAGUAGAUCAACUGUGGGCCAUUGACGGGGAAUCUUUUUGUCAGCUCUAACGUGCUGUUUAAACUGUUCUCAUAAAACCGGAAAAACGAACGUUUUUUUGCGGCCUGGACUUUUAUGAAAGCAGAAACAUCUUUACACAGUUUUAAUGGAACAAGGUGGAGAACCGCAUUAUGAGAAACUAUCAACAGAUACGGUUCCACACAGACCAGAUCCUCCAGAACCCAGCUGUGUGUCCAUGAGGAGUGACUGGUCAAUGGAUCAUCCACCUAAGCUUAAUGGACACAAUGAAAAGUCUAGACCAGAACCCAGCUGUGUGUCCAUGAGGAGUGACUGGUCAAUGGAUCAUCCACCUAUGCUUAGUGGACACAAUGAUCUUGGGUUUAGACCAAACCUGCCAGAAUCCAGCUGUAUGUCCAAGAAGAGUGACCAGUCAGUGGAUGCUCUGCGUAAUUUUAGUGGACACAUUUUGGGUCAGUCUGAUCUUGGGUUCAGCCAUGACCCUGCUGAAGCCCUCAAGACAUAUAUAUCAAAUCUGAGGAAGAAGUUUGAGUGUCUGUAUGAGGGAACGGCAAAGCAGGGAAACCCAACACUGCUGAAUGAGAUCUACACAGAGCUCUACAUCACAGAGAGUGAGAGUGGAGAGAUCAAUAAUGAGCAUGAGGUGAGAUGGAUUGAGACACAGUCCAGGAGAGCAGCAACAGAGGACACACCGAUCAAAUGCAGUGACAUCUUCAGACCUUUAACUGGACAAGACAAACCCAUCAGAACUGUGCUGACAAAGGGAGUCGCUGGCAUUGGAAAAACAGUCUCUGUGCAGAAGUUCAUCCUGGACUGGGCUGAAGGGAAAGAGAAUCAGGACGUCCAGCUCAUAUUUCCACUUCCUUUCAGAGAGCUCAAUCUGAUGAAGGACAAAACACUCAGUCUUUUGGAUCUAUUGCAUAUUUUCUUUCCUGAAACCAAAGAAAUGAAACCAUUCAGUGCUGAAAAUAAAGUUGUCUUUGUUUUUGAUGGUCUGGAUGAGUGUCGUCUGUCUCUGGAUUUUCAGAGCAGUGUGAUGUUGUGUGAUGUAAUUGAAUCAGCCUCAGUGGAUGUGCUGCUGAUGAACCUGAUUGUGGGGAAUCUGCUUCCCUCUGCUCUCAUCUGGAUCACCUCCAGACCAGCAGCAGCUGAUCUCAUUCCCUCUGAGUGUGUCCAUCGAGUGACAGAGGUACGAGGCUUCAAUGAUCCACAGAAGGAGGAAUACUUCAGGAAGAGAAUCAGUGAUCAGAGUCUGGCCAACAGGAUCAUCUCACACCUGAAGUCAUCAAGGAGCCUCUUCAUCAUGUGCCACAUCCCAGUCUUCUGCUGGAUCUCAGCCACUGUUCUGGAGAAGAUGAUGAGGAAAUCAUGGAAAGGAGAUAUUCCCAAGACUCUCACUGAAAUGUACACACACUUCCUGAUUAUUCAGACCAGCAUCAAACAUGAGAAGGACUAUGAGAAGAAAGUGAAGGAUGAAGACAUGAUCCUCAAACUGGGGAAACUGGCUUUCCAGCAGCUUGUGAAAGGUAACCUCAUCUUCUAUGAGAAAGACCUGAGAGAGUGUGGCAUUGAUGUGACAGAAGCAUCAGUUUACUCAGGAUUGUGCACUCAGAUCUUCAGAGAAGAGUUGGGCUUGUAUCAGGGGAAAGUCUUCUGCUUUGUUCAUCUGAGCAUUCAGGAGCAUCUCGCAGCUCUAUAUGUGCUGCUUUCAUUCCUGCUGGACAAGAGGGAUGUGCUCAAUGUAAACCUCAGCUCAAAACAUGCACACGAGUUCACAUGUCACACAAUAUCUGACCUUCAUCAGAGAGCCGUGGACAAGGCUUUACAGAGUAAGAAUGGACAUCUGGACCUUUUCCUCCGAUUUCUUCUGGGUCUCUCACUGGAGUCCAGUCAGACGCUCCUGAAAGGUCUUCUGACACACAUUGGGAACAUCUCAUACAGUGAAGAGAAAACGAUUGAGUACAUUAAAACAAGAAUAAGAAUGAAUCCCUCACCAGAGAAAUCCAUCAAUCUGUUCCACUGUUUAAAUGAACUGGGCGAUCAGUCUCUCGUCAGUGAAGUCCAGGAGUAUCUCAGAUCUGGAGGUCUGUCAGGCGCCAGACUGUCCUCAUCACAGUGGUCAGCUGUUGUCUUUGUUUUGUUGACCUCAGAGCAGUUGGAUCAAUUUCAUUUCAGUAAAUACAUUAGUAGUGGCCAAAAACACAUGACACCUGAUGAAGUUCUUGUGAAGCUCUUGCCUGUCGUUGAAGCCUCCAGAUCAGCAGAGUUGAGUAAUUGUGGCGUCACAGCUGAAGGUUGUGCUGCUCUGAGUUCAGCUCUGAGAUCAAACUCCUCACAGCUGAGACAACUGGAUCUGUCUGGGAAUAAAGUAGGAGAUGCAGGUCUGAAGCUGCUCUCUGAUGGACUGAAGGAUCCUUACUGUAAACUGGAGAAACUGAUGCUGAAGGAUUGUGACAUUACAGAUGAAGGUUGUGCUGCUCUGAGUUCAGCUCUGAGAUCAAACUCCUCACAGCUGAGAGAACUGGAUCUGUCUUGGAAUAAACUAGGAGUUGCAGGUCUGAAGCUGCUCUCUGAUGGACUGAAGGAUCUUUACUGUAAACUGGAGACACUGUGGUUGAGUUAUUGUGGCAUCCCAGAUGAAGGUUGUGCUGCUCUGAGUUCAGCUCUGAGAUCAAACUCCUCACAGCUGAGAGAACUGGAUCUGUCUAAGAAUAAUCUAGGAGUUGCAGGUCUGAAGCUGCUCUCUGAUGCACUGAAGCAUCCUUGCUGUAAACUGGAGAAACUGACGUUAUGGGAUUGUGGCGUCAAAGCUGAAGGUUGUGCUGCUCUGAGUUCAGCUCUGAGAUCAAACUCCUCACAGCUGAGAGAACUGGAUCUGACUGGGAAUAAACUAGGAAUUAGAGGUCUGAAGCUGCUCUCUGAUGGACUGAAGCAUCCUCGCUGUAAACUGGAGAAACUGGCGUUGAGAUAUUGUGGCGUCACAGAUGAAGGUUGUGCUGCUCUGAGUUCAGCUCUGAGAUCAAACCCCUCACAGCUGAGAGAACUGGAUCUCAUUGGGAACACACUACGGCAGUCAACUGUGAAACUGUUCUCAGCUUUAAAAGAUGAUCCACAUUAUAAACUGGAGACACUGCUGUAUUAAAUGAUGGUGAAAGUGGGGCCUCAGACACAUGAAAGCCCACAGAAUCAACAGAACUGAAGUCACAGUGAUCAAGCGCUGAUUGGGAGGGGGGAGGGGGUAACAUAAAGUGUACU